UCCCUCUGCGUUGCGCACCAAAUCAUCCCAAGUUGCAGUAAGUGUUAAGCAAUCGCUCCGAUCAAUCCUCAAUCCACUGGAAUCCUAUUUCUUGACUCAUUCUCAUCAUGAGGCAACGAAGCGUCGAUCGGCUUUCAGAGGAACAAGACUUCACCGUUGAAAAUGCCAAGAAAAAUUCCAAGGCCAAAGAGAAAAAAGCCAAAAGACCCCGGACUAAAACAUUUCCAUUCGAAUGUACCAACCAACAAGUAAUCGGAACAGGAAUGGCCAUCGUUUGUAUUGGUUUCCUCGUCCUCAUUUCGGCGCUUCAUAAUCAAAAGUUCCCAAUGGAACGGAAGAACUCCGGAAAGCCUAAGGCCGAAGUGACUUUUGGACGUUACUUGAUCCCCAGUGAGAAAUGGAACGUAUCGAAGAGCAUUCUUGAUGUGCCAAAUUGGAACGAUUGUGCGAGAAGAUGUAGGAAAAAGGCUCCAGGAAAUUGUACAGCUUUCACUUUCAAUGCCGAGUACAACAUCUGUCACAUGGGUCAUCUGUUUGCCAACGAUACCAAUUUGAUCCGAUUGACCAACGGGACUGCGCCCGAGAAAACCGCCUCCGAGGGAAACGUCGAUUACACGGAUGUAUUCGUUUUUCAUAACCGCACCAUAUUAUGAGUUUAAGCGGCCUUUGCGAAAGAAAGAAAGAAAAACACAGUCCCAUAUGUCCCUGUGUAGUAUGCCCUAAUUAAGGUAGUGCCCAGAGGACUGGAAUAAACAAAUUUGAUUAAAAG